UAGUAGUGGUACUGGUACCGUUCCUUCUCCUUGUGACAUCAGCAUCUUCUGCUCCCUCAAAGGAACUUCGGACAGCUCUAAUAGUACUGAUGUACUAGUAGUGGCACUGAUGUACUAGUAGUGGUACUGGUACCGUUCCUGCUCCCUCAAAGGAACAACAAAAAAUGUCGUACGCAACCAUCGAAAAGGAUCCUCUUCCUCAGUUCAGGAACAAUCUGAAUUAUUUCCAGACCAAAUUCCAGCCACCGGAAGGAAAUGUGUGUUGCGGAAGCGCGUAUGGAAGUGGGGCAUGGUAUGCUUAUGAGUAUGUGAUGAUGAUUUGAAUCUAUUCGGCGAGCUGCCUAAGAUUUCUCAGGCGAGUUCUACCCGCUAGUCUAGCCUGUUGUUGGAUUGUUAGUGGUUUCUCGACUGUUCCUGUUGUUCCUGAUUAUGAGUAUGCAGAGUGAUUUUUUUUGCGGCUGAUUCCCUUUCCACAGUACGAAUAUAAGCUGUAAUGAUUGUCUUUGCGGCUGAUUCCAUUUCCACAGUACGAAUAUAAGCUGUAAUGAUUGUCUUUGCGGCUGAUUCCCUUUCCACAGUACGAAUAUAAGCUUGUGGUCUACUUCUUCUUCUACAACUUCUAAGUGUAACCAAGUUUGAUGGAGGUUUUUACCACCUCCACGGAGUCAAUAAUAUUGAAGGAACGCCUCCAUUCAAUGAAUGACAGGUACCCCGAUUUCGGUGGCUACAAGGGUGCGCCGGAGAUGAAUAGGUGGACCACGCCAGCAGAAGCAUGGUUUGAGAGGAACUUGCUAAAGAAGAAGGAGUGGAAGGAGUACUGCGAUAGAAAGGAGGACGAGAAAAGUCGCAUGGCUGCAUUGUUAAGAGGACUUCUAGUAGCGUAGUAGUAAAUGGAAAUGUAGGCACCAACUUCCCUUUCGGAAAUUGGCCUGCUUAUUUUCGUUGCUAUGUUUUUUAGCGUUGCGCUUCGUGACUUCAUAUCAUUUGAGGCUGCAGAGUGUCAUCGUAUAGUCUAGGGGUUGGUAUAUUAGCCAAUGAUAGACUUCAUGGAAUGGAAUGCCCUACAAAGUCAGCCUCCGACUUGGCAGCUCUUAUUUAUUUGAAAAAGAGGCCAGAGUCAUGGUCAUCCUACUUGAAAAAGAGGCUUCCACGGAUACUCCUACGCUCAGGGAUGCAACUUUUGCGGCAACUCUAACAUUAGCCUUCCGGAAACCACUAGCAAUGCAGACGGAUAGGAUAACACCAGUAGUGAGAGGCGACGAUCCAUUGAUCAAGACGAGGGAACGACUUGCCAUCGUCAAGAAUCACAUCGAAGCAUUGAAUCAUGAGUACUUCACCUACUAGGAGUUUUUUCGAUUUCAGCUUUAUCUCCUGGAGUUGUACGUCUGGGAAGUAUAUAGUUAAAGAAGUAAGUGAAAGUGAUACUUACUAGUAGCUGCACCGCAUACGGCGUACAUAGGACUUUUACUUUUUAGGUACAAUGAAUAAAUAAAGGUCGCUGCAGUUUAAUGAUUUGUCCCAGGUUUCUUGCUUUUUCCUAAAUAAAACCAGCAUCAAGAUCAACUGCUCGGAAAAAUUACCCAAAUCCUUCACGACCGCCUUACGUCUACAGUUACAAAGUGCGCACUCGGAAAGUGGCGAACCCAAGAAGGUGGAAGAAAAAUUGGGGUCCGAACGUCGCUAAGAAGCUGACACAGAGCACGCCUUUGUUGAUGUUAAGGCCGCAGCUACUUUGCAGCGCAACUAUUUCUCAAACUUCGCAAUACGAUGAAUCUUGAACAUGAUACGUGUGGUGAGAAGAUUCUUCCCACCAAACAUUUUAGUUCAACACGGAAACAAACCAACUCUUCUAAUAUUCCUCCACCAGAAUUACGAGGACGCCAAGGCGAUGGCGACGAAGGAUACGGAGAUGGUAUUCCAAGGUGAGGUGAUAUCGCACGGAAAACGUAUGCGCCGGCCUACCUCACCAAAGACGGAUGCGACAAGAAAGAAGAGCGUCGAUCAACUGGGCGUCACUGCGACUGGGUUUAGGAACGUACUAGAUGUAGACUUUGGUUUCACUUUCUUAUUCUUUCAUUUUCGGGUUUGGUUCAAUAGGAUACUGCUUUUGGUUGUUCUCGUCUUCCCUAAUCAAUUGAAUCUGACUCAAUUAUGAAAUGUCCAUUCUGAAACGGCACAUGCAAAUGAGAAUCCUCACGCGUCCACAUCAACACCCGCCUCAGCCCGACAAGAUUCUGCAGCCGCCAUGGGAUACGAGUCAGCCGCGUGAUUGGUUCGACACUAAGAGGGAACUCAUGGGCCUCACGCAGACUACGCACGCACCUAGCUCUCGUGGUGGUACGACUUCGUCAUACACGAACACAAACUCGGGACCGAAUAGUUUGAGGACUACGAUGCAUGAGAAGUUUAGAAAGACUAUGUAGGGAAAUGAUGAUUCUACAGUUUUGAGGUGCAGUUUUGAGGACAAGAACGACAGACGAUCACCAUCAAUAAGCUUUCGUCUAACAAACUGUAACAUCACUCUUGUUCUUCAUAGGUCCCCAUUGAUGUACACCAUGCACAGUAGAAACAUAUGAAUUUCGACCUACAACGUACAAGUUACAUAGGCAUAGCGAUAGCGACUAGUAGCUGACUUCGAAGAAAUUUACUUUUAUUCAUAGACUCUCGACGUAGAAUUGUAUCCAAAAUUGCAUCCUCAUGGAGGGCAUACAUACGCACACAAUUACUACCAUGAAAAGCACUUGAAUACUAUUACUAACACCAAUAUCCAGUUGAAAUAGGGAGCACAAUAUGUACUCAACCUAAUGGGCCAAAAUAGCAAUCACUGAAUCCAUUAGAAUAUUCUCACGUAUCAAGGAGCACGAUUGUAAUUAGAAAAGUUUUGCCAGCAUCAACAUAUACCGAGCUUGCAGCAGACUUGAGGAUAAGAAAAAAGUACUUAAGUAGCAGAAUGAUGACUGUGUAAGAAAGCUUGAU